AUGUCGACAUCUCCAGUGACACAGGAGUCCACCAAUGGCACCGGCAUCAAAGAGCCCACGCAUCAGAUUGAUAUUGAGCGACAAUCUAGAGCGAACACGGUGACGACCGAAGCUCCAAGGUCGCUAGGAGCAGGCUCCGCCCUCGCCCUAGGCGCAUUUGGCACCACCCUCACAACUCUGUCUCUGAGUUUGAUGGAAUGGCGCGGCGUUACGACCGCCAACGUCUUCGUCGGCAAUUUCUUCUUCAUCUCGGCAUUCGGUCUAGUAGUCACCGCGCAGUGGGAGCUCUCAGUUGGAAAUGGUUUUGCGUACACCGUCUUUAGCGCUUUCGGCCUCUUCUACGCUGGCUACGGCGCAAUCCUCACUCCCGCUUUCGGCGUCUUAGAUUCCUACAACGGCGACACGACACAGUACAAUAACGCGUUGGGAUUCUUCAUGAUACUAUGGACCGUCUUCGUCUUCACGUUCCUGAUCGGUUCUCUGCCGAGCAAUCUCGCCUACAUCGCGGUGUUCUUCCUCGUGGACAUGGGCUUCUUGACGGUCGCUGCGAGCUAUUUCGCAGAGGCAGAUGAACAUCAUGCGUCGUCUGUGACGUUGAAAAAGGCCGGGGGCGGGUUCUGCUUUGUGGCUGGCUUGGUGGGUUGGUAUAUUGUGUUUCAUUUGUUGUUGAAGGAUGCGGCGUUGGUGGAGUUGCCGUUAGGGGAUACGUCGAGGUUCUUUGGGAAGAGAGGCAGGAAAACGGAGUAG